AUGGGGCCCAUGAUGCCUCUGUUCAAAGCACUUGUUCCAAUAGCUUAUGGCUUUGUGUCAGGCAAGUCCCUAACUGUUUCGAUCAUCCUGUCUGUGCAGUCACCCAAACAACAGGAAUUAGAUCCUGUGAAUAUGUUGGGUUACAUGGCAAAGAGGAAUUUAAGGUUACAGGGGGAAUUAAAGUUGCUAAUGAGCUCACCUUUAAAAAGGAAAAUCCCCCUCCAUUAUCUGAGUGGGCCCAACAUAAUCCGAAAGGUUCCUAAAAGUGGAAGAGAGAUUUUUCUCGAGGCAAGUGAUAUUAGCAUCCAUCUACUUGAGCCCUUCAUGGGGCUGCUUGUCUAUGGUCAGGGAUCAGGCCAUACUGGCUCCCUCCUCCGGGCUGCCAACAGGCCAUCCAGACUGAGGAAGACCUGGAAACUUCGGGGCCACGUGAGCCACGGACACGGCUGCGUCCGCAAGCACCGGAAGCACCCAGGAGGCCGGGGUCAUGCCGGUGGCAUGCAUCCCCACAGGGUCAACUUUGACAAAUACCAGCCAGGUUACUUCAGAAAAGCUGGUGUGAGGCAUUACCACAUAAAAAGGAACCAGGGCUUCUGCCCAACUGUCAGCUUCAAUAAACUGUGGACCUUGGUCAGUGAGCAGUCACAGGAAAAGGCUGCCAAAAACAAGACGGGAGCUGCUCCUAUCAGCGAUGUGGUGCGAUCGGGCUACGACAAAGUUGGGAAAGGGAAACUCCCCAAACAGCCUGUCAUGGGGAAGACCAAAUUCUUCAGUAGAAGAGCUGAGGAGAAGAUUAAGGGUGUGGGAGGAGUCUGUGUCCUGGUAGCUUGAAGCCACAUGAAGAGAGGUUCAUUAAAUACUGACAAGUGCUUAAAAAAAAAAAAAAAA